AAGGCUGGCGGACGCCGCAGCGAACUGGUGGGCAGACCCGGAGUCGCCGCGUAAGCGGGGCCGGCUCAGUGCGGUGCGGCAGGCGCGGCUGUGCGGCAGCGGAAGUCCUUUGUUGCAGCACAGUCCCUGGCAGAGCCAGAACCUCUCCGCGCUGCCCAGCCCGAGCGCCGCGCUUCGCCGCCACUGCAGCUCGCAGCCCCUUCGCCUCCGCCCGCCUUUCCCGUGGCUGAUUUGCCUUAAACUCCCUAAAAUCUCCGCAACCUCGGUUCCCGCUGCGGCCGAAACUGAUCUGAAGAUAUAUAAUCCAGAGUGUUUGAAGAGGUAAUGCAGCCUAAGGUCUCUAAUCCAUAGAAGAUGGCAAAGCCCAGCCACAGCAGCUACGUCCUUCAGCAGCUAAACAACCAAAGGGAGUGGGGCUUUCUCUGUGACUGUUGUAUUGCGAUUGAUGACAUUUACUUUCAAGCACACAAAGCUGUGCUAGCUGCUUGUAGCUCCUAUUUUAGAAUGUUUUUCAUGAACCAUCAGCAUAGUACUGCGCAACUGAAUCUCAGCAAUAUGAAAAUUAGUGCUGAGUGUUUUGAUCUCAUUUUGCAAUUUAUGUAUUUAGGGAAAAUUAUGACAGCUCCCUCCAGUUUUGAGCAGUUUAAAGUGGCAAUGAAUUACCUACAGCUGUACAACGUUCCCGACUGCUUAGAAGACAUACAGGAUGCAGAUUGUUCUAGUUCAAAAUGUUCAUCUUCUGCUUCUAGCAAACAGAACAGCAAAAUGAUAUUUGGGGUAAGAAUGUAUGAAGAUACUGUGGCUAGAAAUGGCAGUGAAUCCAAUAGGUGGUGUGCAGAGCCAAGUUCAACAGUAAAUACACCACAUAACAGAGAGCCUGAUGAAGAGUCUUUACAAUUGGGUAAUUUUCCUGAACCACUAUUUGAUGUAUGUAAAAAAAGCUCUGUGUCCAAAUUAUCUACUCCAAAAGAACGUGUGUCACGACGCUUUGGACGAAGUUUUACCUGUGAUAGUUGUGGAUUUGGCUUUAGCUGUGAAAAAUUAUUAGAUGAGCAUGUGCUAACCUGUACUAACAGACAUUCAUACCAAAACACGAGAUCCUACCACAGAAUAGUAGACGUUAGAGAUGGAAAAGAUGGUAGUAUCAAGGCUGAAUUUGGUGAAAAGGAUUCUUCUAAGACGUUUUCUGCACAGACAGAAAAAUACAGAGGAGACACAAGCCAGGCUGCUGAUGAUUCAACUUCAACCACUGGAAGCAGAAAGAGUAGCACAGUGGAGUCUGAACUAGCCAGUGAAGAAAAAAGCAGAGCUGCUGAGAGGAAAAGAAUCAUUAUCAAGAUGGAGCCAGAAGACAUUCCUACAGAUGAACUGAAAGACUUCAACAUUAUUAAAGUUACUGAUAAAGAUUGCAAUGAAUCCACUGACAAUGAUGAGUUAGAAGAUGAACCUGAAGAGCCAUUUUAUAGAUAUUAUGUCGAAGAAGAUGUGAGUAUUAAAAAGAGUGGUAGGAAAACUCUAAAACCUCGGAUGUCAAUAAAUGCUGACGAAAGAGGUGGUUUAGAAAAUAUGAGGCCUCCUAACAACAGUAGUCCAGUACAAGAAGAUACUGAAAAUGCAUCUUGUGAGCUGUGUGGACUCACAAUAACCGAGGAGGACUUGUCAUCUCAUUACUUAGCCAAACACAUCGAAAAUAUCUGUGCAUGUGGUAAAUGUGGACAAAUACUUGUGAAGGGCAGACAGCUCCAGGAACAUGCUCAGAGAUGUGGAGAACCCCAAGAUCUGACAAUGAAUGGGUUAGGAAAUACUGAGGAGAAAAUGGACAUGGAAGAGAAUCCUGAUGAGCAGUCUGAAAUAAGAGAUAUGUUUGUUGAAAUGUUGGAUGAUUUUAGGGACAAUCAUUUCCAGAUAAACAGUAUCCAAAAAAAGCAGUUAUUUAAACAUUCUGCCUGCCCUUUUCGGUGUCCUAAUUGUGGCCAGCGUUUUGAAACUGAAAAUCUAGUGGUUGAACAUAUGUCUAGCUGCCUAGACCAAGAUAUGUUUAAGAGUGCCAUCAUGGAAGAAAAUGAAAGAGAUCACAGACGAAAGCAUUUCUGUAAUCUCUGUGGAAAAGGAUUUUAUCAGCGAUGUCACCUAAGAGAACACUAUACUGUUCAUACGAAGGAAAAACAGUUUGUGUGCCAGACAUGUGGAAAGCAGUUUUUAAGAGAACGUCAGUUGCGACUGCACAAUGAUAUGCACAAAGGCAUGGCCAGGUAUGUCUGUUCCAUUUGUGAUCAAGGCAACUUCAGAAAACAUGACCAUGUACGGCAUAUGAUUUCUCAUUUAUCUGCUGGUGAGACUAUAUGCCAGGUCUGCUUUCAGAUAUUCCCAAAUAAUGAACAGUUGGAACAGCACAUGGAUGUUCACCUGUACACAUGUGGAAUAUGUGGAGCAAAAUUUAAUUUGAGGAAAGAUAUGAGAUCACAUUAUAAUGCCAAGCAUUUGAAAAGAACAUAAGUCAUUUUCUACUGUACUAAUGUUUAGUUGAUAGCAGGCAAAACACCAAAGCAAAGGAUAUGAGCUAUUUAGAAAUUGAUUUUCUAAGAUGAAUUGUUGGAAAAAUUCAAGGCCCUUUUACUUUAAAUAUUUUUGUCUAGGAUCUUAAGUAUCUAUAUUUUAGGUGUUAUUAAAUGUUUAUCACUUUUGUUUUAAUAGAAUUCUUUGUUUUUAGUUUGUUUUAGCUAUGAUUAAAAUUACUUUUAAAUGUAGACUACAAGUGGUUGUUACCCCUUUAAUGACUAUUAAACUUUAGUUUCGUAUCAAUAAGGUGAUGACUUCACUAUUUCUAUUUUUUGUCAAGGUUAUUCUGUGAAAUUUUAAACCCAACAUUAUUGGCCAUUUCUGUUUAAAUUUAAAAAAAAAUUUAAGCUUAUUAGUUAUUUGAAGCUAUCCCAUUCACUUUUAGCUUUUUUUUUUUCCUUUUGGCAAGUUAAACAGUGAUUUAGCCACUGUUUAUUCUUCCUUCUUAUCAGUGAAAUUCAUAUUCUUAUUAGGCAGGUUAGGUGCACUGAAUCUAACCUUGAAAGUUGACAUGGGCUCAAACUUGGCCUAAAAAGAUGGAUGGACCUAAGGAAAUUCCUAUAAAUGAGUAUUUUCCUAUAACUGAUAAAAUAUUAUCAUUUAAUAAUCACAUUUAAAACUUAUAUUAAGUGUAAAACCCAAUGACUUUACCCCAUUUGAGAAAUUCAUGGGGACAAGUCGUUUUGUUUUGUGAUAUUAAAUUUAACUAUGAUAGUUAAUUAAAAAGACAUAUCUUGUAUUCAUUUAAAAUAAUUUAAAAUAUUUUGAUUUCUAAAGUGUGUUAGUUUAUCAAUUAUUUUUGUUUAUAUAAAUAGAUUUUAAUAGUUCUCUAGGAAUAUGACAUCUAAAGGAUAAUGAUUUUUUACCUUUAAAAUUACAUACUUUUGGAACUUUGAGAUUUGAGAAAGCUGCCAUGUAUAUUGAUAAAGCUAAUAAAAUAAAGAAACCAAUUACAAAUCUGGUUGUUCUAUAAAAGUAGAGUGUGCAAAAAAAUGUCUUGUGUUUUAUACUAUUUAAGAUUUGAAGGAAAUGUAUUGUGGCAAAUUGGAGUUUAUCACCAUGCUUUAUUAUUUUUUCUGUAAAGGACUACAAAAUUUGAGGACUAUAAUAUAAUCACAGAGCAUAUAAAUGGAAAUAGUUUAUCAUUUUUUUAGUUAAAGUAGUAUUGCUGUUAGUUGUUGCUGACACAGGGUCUACAUGAAUUACAUGUGAAUCAAAACACUGGCAAACUGACCCGCCAAUAAACACAACUAUUGAAUAGAAUGCCUUUCAAUGUGAAUUACUUGCAUUGUAAUACCCUUCUCAUAAUGAAAGGGAUUUUAAAUAACUCCCAUAUUUAAAAGUAUAAUUUUGUGAUUAUGAACAGCAUUACUCUUUUUUACAUCAGAUUUUUAAGAUAUGCAAGUUAUAUUUUUUGUAUACAACCUGAGUAAAAGAACAAAUUGCCGAGAGAAUUGAGAGAUCACUGACUAGCACAGAUUUAGUUGACAAAGAAGUAUUAGAGCACAGUGUGAGCUCAGAGAUUUGUGGGGAGACCUUGAGGUGUUAAGAACAGGAAUAGUACAGGAGCUGUGCAGUAUUAAAAUAAUGGGAAGUUAAGAUGAGGGAAAUACAUAAAAAAAUAAAUGAUUUUUUAAAAAAGCCACACAGCAGAAAAAGUGAUUCAUGUUAGUCUUAGCUACAGUAGUUUAGCAAGUAAUUAAAUUUGAAAUUCAACUUAUAAUAAUGAAAUAUGCUACAUACAUUACUGAUAGGAACCUGAUAGAAGUUCUGUAACAAACCCAGAGACCAUCAGAGAGGUAAGAUAAACCAAGUUUCCAAAUUACAUAGUAUCAUAGUAAACAUAAUUUUCUUUGGGGCUACUGUUUUUUACAUGACCCUCAUCAAAAUGUAUUGCAGUGGCUUUCCCACCAUUAAAAACAGGGUUCUUUCUAAAUACUGCCACCACUACCAAUCCAUUUCCCAGAGGAUUGUCUCUAUUCCAUUAGGAAAGGGGACUUAAUUUAGUGUUUCGACAUGGACUAAUAGCCAACCAUUAGCAAGCAAAUAUAUAAACAUUAAACAUAAUCUCUAAUUUUACAUAACUGAGAUGUUUAUAGUUUCACAAAGCCACACCUCAAUGAUCUUGUUUUCUCCUAGUCUCAUGUUACACAGGACACACACCUUUUGUUUUGGAACUAGCUACAGGCCAGCAUUGGCUUCUUUAAAUGUAAUGUGCAGUUUUCCCAGUUAAGACAGAGUUCAUUUAAAGGCUACUUGCCUUUUAAAAUCAGGAAGAAUGAAAAAUAUCCAACACUUCUGUCCAGCCUAGCUUCUUCAUUUAUUUUUCCCUCUCCUGGGCCGGAGUUACAGCUCUGUAGCUUGCUAUUGUAUUGCUUCGCACCUUCCAGUGCUGUGAAGACAGGGAAUCAAAGUUAUGGAAGCUUGUGUGCUCCUCCUGCCUUUAUAAUUUGAUCAGUCUCCAAAUUUUAAAAUGAAAGGAAAAUCUAGGUAGAUAUGUGUGCAGUCUUGUUCCUCUUUCUGUCUUGAAACAGUCUUGCUUAAAAGGUCUUUUGUUCUCUAGCAAGAAAUUCUGGAGGAAGUGGAAUCAGUGCCUCACAAGCUUGCUGUGAAUUACAGUGCAGCUCAGAUGUUUAUAAUUCUUUAGUAAACAGGACUGGGAAUCUCAGAGAUUAGUAAAGGACAAUCAAGUAGCAGUAGACGAGAACUCAGUCUCAUACUUAUUUGGAGAAAUGCCUUAUCACAUAAGUAAAAUGGUACAUGGUUAAUGUUUAAUGUGUAAAGUUUGAGUGCAGACAAAAAUUAGAAGGAUUACAAGGGCUACUUACAAAAAUAAAAGAAUUAAAAUAAGGAGUUUGCUAGGGCACUCCAAGUACCAAUAUAAAAGGAAACUAAUAGACUGACCUGAAAAAUCAUUUAAGUAACAGUUGAGAGCAAAAAUAUGAACAAGAUAUAAAAGCUGAAUAAAAAAACUUGAAAUUUUUUGAGAUGAGUAAAGAUUGAAGUAAUACGAUAGGUUUAAAUACUUUGAUUAAAGUAAUUCAAUUAGAGCUAUAGAAUGCCUAAUGAAACAUUUACUAUGAACAUACCAAGGAUAUGCCCAAAUAUUUGAUAUAUCAACUUUUAUAUUCUGAAAAAGUGGGAAGAGAGGCUGGUGGUGGUUGGCAACCUUUUCCUCAGUUAAAACAAUACUUGUUUCUCUGAAUCACUUGUUAAGGAACUUCCAUAUUUAACAGAUCUCCAGAAAAUCCCUCAAAGAACCAGUGUAAUGGCUGUAUUGAACAAAACUUGUGAUCAUUGUUAAAAACUUAAUCAGUAUCAACCAAAAGAAAAAUAACUCAAAUCUGUAUGUGUACACAUAGUGAGAAUAAAGAAAUUUGGUCUUUUUUAUUAAUUUAAAAUGAGUUUUAUGAGUUAAAAUUCUUUUUUUUCCAUUAAUUUACUUUGAUCAGAUCCUCAUCUUUCCUCAUCACCCCCACCUCCUGUGUAACAAGUGCUUCACAGUGGUAAAUGCUAUUGCUCUGCAGGCACCCUAGCAUUACCAAGGCCUAGGAUUCCAGGGUCCUGAAAAGCUCUGUGGGAACAUAUGCUAAUGGAAUGUCUCCCGUCUCCUUAAUAUCUGAGGUGCAGUGAAUGGAGGGGUACCAGGAUGAAUGCCAGGGAGCUGAAAAAGAAAGUUAUAUUUGGUAUUAAGAAGUUGAAGCUGCAGACCAGAUUGGGAAACCCAUGAUCCAUCCAUCUUAGGACUCUCACUAGCAAUCCUUGCAUCCAUUUAGUUAGCACUCUUUCUACUCUGCUCUAUGAUUUACAUAUGUAAUUUUAAUUAAUCCUCACAGCCUUAUGAGGUAAGUAUCAUUGUGAUUUUCCAGAUGGGGACUGAGGUUCAGAGAGACUAUUUUUUCCCAAAACCACACAGAAACGUAAUACUAGAAUUGGAAUUUGAACCUAGACCUAUCUGAUUUCUACAUUCCUGUAUUUAACCACUAAGCUACAUACUCCACCUACCAAGAAAUAAAGGAAGGGCCUUUUCAGCCUAGGAACACAUGUGGUAAAGCUUCUAGAGACUGUACUUCUUGUUCAUCACCUGUCAUCUGCGGUGCCUGGUAAGGUAGCUGGUAAUAGUGGGGAAAAUAUAUCAGUCGAAAA